AUGUCAAGUCCCGAUCUGAGACCAAUCAGCAAUGUCAAGAUCUUUCAUCCUAAAAAGUCAACUAUUACUGUUUUUGAAAUAGAUGCUCAUUACCGCCCAAAAAUUUAUCAGCAUAGAAAAUAUAUCAGCAUUGCAAGCAUUCUAAAAGAGAUAUCAUGUUUUUUAUUUUUGUCUCGUUUUGGAAAAUCUAUACUUGCAGACUACACUCAUUUACCCUGGAACGUGGCCCUCGAGAAUCUUGGGAGCAACAGCUUCCAGUUGCAAUACCAAAUGAGCCGUACAAACUUUGAGUUAUCUCUUAACAUCUUUAGCCAGUAUCAGAUAUAUGAGGCAGCUUUAAAUAACAAAAGCUAUCCUAUUGAAAUUCAAGUUGCAACAUUUCUUGGUGUCAGUGCAGGAUCUUACACAUGGUUUACUAUGCAGUUCAUUACUGUCAUAUCAGACUAUUCUGAUAUGUUUGUAAACUGGGGAGUUCAUGACAGUGAAACAGCAGCAAGAAGGGUGGCUGAAUUUGAGCAACCUGAAAGACGUGGUAUUUGUCUACCUGGUGUCAUUGAGACUAUUGCUGGAAAGCUUAUUUCUAUUCAAAAGCCCUAUUUACACAGAAACUCCUGGGUGGAUUGCCACAACAACUCUUCUAUGAAUCUCCUUGCUGUGUGCAAUGCCAACAAGUGCUUUAUAUUUGUCAGAACAGGGCAAUCUGAUUCUGCAUUUCCAAUCAUAGAAAAUAUACUCCCUCUAUAUUCCAUUGCAACCGAAGACCCCAAGCAACAAGCAUUCAACAAGGCGUAUGCAAAAACAUGCCAUUACAUUGAAAAUGCAUUUGGCUUACUUAUGACUCUUACCAUUAUCACUCAUUGUGCUCUUCAUAACUUUUGUUUGGAUAACAACAACAUAGCAAGAAAUAUCUUGGAGGACACUCUUCGUACUUUUGAGAACCAAGUGCGUGGUUUUGAUGCGUACAUAAAUGGAGGUGAUGAUGAUGACGUGGAGAUAGAAGUUGAGGGUCUCGAUUCAUUUAUGAACGAGAUAUCUGUGGAUUUGGAGAAUGCUUCAUGA